AUUCAUGAACAGUCUUUGAGACAUAUUCGUUGGCAGCGCGUGUUCUCGAUUAUCCUGGCGGGAUACCCUAGUUUUCCUCCGUGCUUCUCUUAAAUCUUUUAACAUCUUAACGCGAUUUUUACGACAAUACGUAGCUUAGGAAUCUUUAAGCCUCUCGUAGAAAACCGCGCGUCGCUGUGUCUCUAAGACUUUUUAGUUUAGUCCUAGAUUUAAUUUUUUUAUAUUAUUUAUUAUUAUAUUUUAUUUUAUUUUUUAAAUUUAAAUUGUAUUUAUAUCGGUUUUUAAUUUUAUUUAACUAGAUUAGGUUCGUGUUAGUUUUAAGUUUUUUCGAGUCGCCAUUUUGUUAGGCCGCGUCACCGUUUUUGCUGCGUUUUCGUAAUGGUUAGCAAGGAGGUGGUAGUCGAUGUGGUGAAAACGGGGAGGAGGAGACGCCGUAGGGCUGGUAGGUCUGCUCGGCGACGGGCAAAAAAGAUGGCAAAUAUGUCCGGUACGAUUAGGAUCGAUGAAGAUAUGCCGCCCAUGAAAUGCGCCGUGCAUUCGUUUCUCCUUCGUUACCAAAGCGCGCUGAGAAAAGUCCCUACGCAACUGCCUCCGAGGAUCCACGCCGGGCCGCCCACCAAGAGGGUUAAACGUGUGUCGUGGAAUCACGAUGAGAGCGGCACGUCGGGUGGCGGCGGCGACCCGGCCGUGCUGGCGGUGGGCCCGGCGCGCCGUCCGCUGACGUACACGCGCGAUGAGCUGAUGCGCCUGCGCAACUCGCCGCUCGUCAAGCAGGGGCUCGAGAACGCGUUCGCCGGCAACGAUGUUAUCGCGCUAGUACUGAAAAAACGAUCUGAUUCGCCGCAUGAAGAAGACAAGGGAGCAAAGGGCGAUGCUCCCAAUGAGAAUCAUAAGGGCAUAUACGGCCGCGAGCGUGACCGCGAGCGGCGCUCGGCCGACCCGCGCGAGCGCGUGCGCAAGGAGAGCGAGACGAGCGGCGGCGGCAUCGUGCUGUCCCCGCAGCGCCGCUCGUUCGUCAGCGGCUGCGGCGCGCCGGCCGCCCCGCUCGCGCAGCCGCCGCCGCAGCUCGCGCGCACCCGCCCCGACUCGCCGCUCUCCGCCGCCGCCGCGCAGCCCGCGCAGAAGACUGAGCAGGCCGGCCGCCGAAUCGGCUCCGGCCGCAUCAUGGUCCGUGACGUACCAGCUGCCGGGUGGGAGGAGCCGGAAUACCGUCCGACGGAGAUCUACCGACCGCCGGGCGCUCUGCGUGACCGCGAACGUGACCGUGACCGUGACCGCGACCGUGAGCGGGAGAGAGAGAGGGAGCGGGAGAGGGAGAGAGAGCGGGAGAGGGAGAGGGAGAGAGAGCGGGAGCGGGAUGAGCGGCGGCCUAAUGGGGAUAAUAGGUUCGAGCGACGUUCGUUUACCAGAGACUCCUACACCUCUGACAUCAAGAGGGAGAGGGACGAUCGAUUCAACAACGAGAAACAUAGGGACCGACAGGACAACCGCAGGUCAGGUGGUCGCUAUUCUCAACGACGCUUUGAGAAGGAAGAUGAACCAGAAUGGUUUAGCGGAGGGCCGACAUCUCAAUUGGAGACGAUAGAGUUGCGCGGAUUCGACGAACCCAUCAAGAGCAAGAGCAGCAGUGGUAGUAAUAAGGAUAGCGAGAAAUGGAACAACAACAACGGCUCUCACUCGCCCGUGGACAAGUGGCGCAAGGACUCGUCGUCGCCGAUACAGAACGACACCGCCAACACUACCAGUGACAAGGACUCCGGCGUGGAGUCGAAGCCGGAAGAGCCGGUGUCCAACAACGAGCAGCCGGAGUUCAACCUCGAUGAGUUUCUCAAGUUUGACUCCAUACCUGACGUGCUCACUAACGGUAGUAGUGAGACGGAGGAGAGUCGCUUCAGCCGCUGGUUCCGCAGAGACAGUCCCACCGGUGAUGCCAAGCAUUAUGAACGGCUCAUGCACAACAUGGUUGAUGACUUGGACAACUCCACGCAGCUAGAGCCCCCACCAAGUAUGCCGAUGGGGAUGGGCAUGGGGGGCAACGGGCUCAGUGCACCCAUGGGCUUCGGGGAGCAGUUCCAACAGGCCCCACCAUCACUAUUGGACCUGCUGCGGAGGGCCAACGCACACCCGGACAAUAGACCUGAGGUGAAUCCUAGCGUGGGCAAGAUCCACAGCCUGGAGGAGUUGGAGGCGAGACUUCGACCGCCGCCCGCCGCGGACAGAUCCGAUUUGUCGGCGUUUAAACGACUCCUUGCUCAAGUGUCAGGCGGGCAUGCAGUACCAGCGGAGAACGCCCGCCAGCAACACCAGCAGCAACAGCAACAGCACCAUCAGCAGCAGACCCCGCACCCGCAGCACAACCCGCUGCCGCAGCCCGCGCAGCCGCCGAUGAGCUUGCUGCAGAUGUUGAACAAGAGCAUGGAGCAGCAGCAACAACAGAAGGUGCAGCAACAACAGCAGCAGCACCAGCAACAGCCGCACAUCCCACAGGAGCUCCUAUACAAGCUCCUACAGGUUCAACAGCGGCAGCAACAACCGCCAUCGCAUUCGGAAGGCGGCGCGUUGUCGGCAGCUGAUCGCGAUCUGUUGCAGCGCCCUGAAGCGCAGGCCAUUAUACACGGUCUGAAGGCGGGCGAGAUAACGGUGCAGCACCUGAUGCAGCAGCUCGGCAACCCGGGGCUGCAGAGCAGACAUCGGGAGGUGCUGCUCACCAUACUGCGGCUGCAUCAUCAGCAGAGACAGCAAAUGGUCGGAUCGCCGCUGCCCGGCGUCAACCCGCACUUGGGAGUACCACAUCACCAGCAGCUCAGGCUGUCGCCGAUACCACAACCCCCAUCCGGCCGCAUCCCGUCGCCCCGCGAGCUCGGCCACCCGCAGGCGCUGAUGCAGGGCGCGCUGCUCAAGAAGAAGAUGGAGGAGCGCCGCAGACAGGAGAUGCAGCAUCAGCAGAUCAAACACCCCACGCCGAUCUCGUUUACACCCACCUCGGUAUUACGCAAAAUGACCGCGGAGAAGGAAUCCGACGCGCCGAGCCCGAAGCAGCAGUGGACGCAACCGCACAAGCUGCCGCAGGGACGGCCCAUUGUCAAGGGAAAUCAAAGUGGGAGUGCGCCCAUGGGAUAUGCACCAUCGCCCACUGAAUACCAACAGCAUUAUAUGAAUCAACAGCCAAUGCCUGGUGGCCGUCCGUUCCCCCACCAGCAAACUAGACAACCUGUUAAUAACUCAUUCAACAUGAACAGCCUGAGCCGAGGCCUCUCCGGUGGCACCACAUUGCACCAGUUGCUCGUGCAGUCCCAUCAGAGGUCGCUUAAUGAUGUAAACAGCGGCGGCGGCGACAACCAACUAGCGAAAUGGUUCUCGCCAGAACUGCUGGCUCGUGCGUCCGAGGGCAAGUUACCUUCAGUGCAUGUUCCGAACGCGCUCUCUCUAGAGGACCUCGAGCGGCAUCACCACUCGCCGGCGCCGCCCGUGCGCAACUGAGCCGCGCGCGCCUGGAUCGACGUUUAUAUACCCAUCGCCAGUGACAUUUCAAAGUUCCACGUUCCAAUUUCAAAAUUUGUUCGCCCCCUCAAAGCUUCCUUUGGACUAUGAUACGUUUGCGUUUUCAUGUUCCAAUUUCGAAUACGCCAAUAAAUUGGCGGGAUGUCCAUAGUCCAAAAGAAACUCGCGAUUGGGUUUGGAUUUGGAAUUGUUAUUAAGACUCCUUCGGCAAUGAACUGUUAAUAGUUGCCAGUUUUAUGUAAAAAAAUACUUUCGAUUUCUUUGAGACAUUUAGGCAUUUAUGGUAAAGAAAAGUUUGAAGUACCCAUGGACUUAGAUAUUGCGUUUGUACAGACUGGAAAUUGUUUAUUUAUUAUAUUGAAGGUAAAUUCGAAGCGUUUGCAAGGGAUGAAAUUAACGGCAUAAUAUGACGUCAUAAUUAUUAACGUCCUCGGAUUGAAUAUUGAUUGCAACAUUUUUGAAGAUUAUAAAGUUUUGACUUGUUGAAGUGAAAAUUUAUGAAAUAUUAGCGAAGCAGUUAUAAAGAAAAUAAAAUAUUUCGUAGACGACUGUCGAGUCUGAAGCGAUAUUUUCCAGUAGUAUUGUUUUCUUCAAUUUCCCAAUAGCCAUCGAGUCUAGAUCGAAAAUUCAUGGAAAAUGUGUUUUUUUUUUCUUGAAUUAUAUUAAAUCUUCGUAUUCGUUAAAUGGAUUUGACUCCCACAACUAUAUUUUAUCGCUAGUUUCAAAGAUUUGGUCGUUGACAUAUGUACCUGCUAAAACAUAUGGAAUUAACAGAACAGCAAUAAAUUGUGUCUUAUAUACUUGUAAUAAAGAUGAAAUUAACGGUUUGAUUUUGCAUAUUACAGAUUUAUUCGAAAAAUUAUAUAUUUAUAUUGCGACGCUCUGAUCUGGUUUGAUGUAAUACGCCAAAACAUGAGAUUGUCCUCGAAUCCUAUAUUUUUCGUAUUAUUAAUCAAUUCUAACUUUGAUAAAAAUUAAAUAAAAUGAAUUUGUGAGCCAUAAAGUAUGAAAUCAUCCAAAUGAAUGUGUAGUAUUGCAUCACAGAUUGAGGCGACGUCGAACGGUUGUAUUGAAUGUGACGGGCUCCGGCGACGGCACCUACAUAUAUAUACUAUAUAUUAUACACAAAUCUAUUUAUACAAGCAAAUGAUCUACGCAGGGGGUCCAAUUUCUGUCUCGCUCUCCUCUAGCCGUCGCCGCGCUCGUGCGAAAGGGACGAACGGUAUUUUUUUGCUAUGUUCUAUUGAUAUGGCAAAUGACGUCACAAGGUGCGGUCGAAGCUUUCGCGUUUUGCAUUCGGUUUGAGAGCUCUAGAUUAGCGUACGUAUAGUUUGGUUCACGUAAGCUCCUCCGAUCUUUUGACGUCCGACACUGUAAGGGAAAGGGUGACUCAGGUAUGGUGUGUGUGAACGCCUACGGUUGUGUUGUGUAUGUUAGCGUUUUUCUUUUUGUUACUAUAUAUAUUUUUUCCCGAGGAUGAGGAUUUAUGUUGAUGAAUUAAGCUUUUUUUUUUCACGUCCCCACGCGCUCACUUGCGGGCGCGUUUUUAUUUCGAUUCGUUUUAACCCGAUUUUGGAUGCGCACAAGUGCGACCGUUUGUGGCGAACAUCCAAAUGUUUUUCUAUAGUUUUUAAUGAACGAUAUUACGACUCGAGACCUGGGCUGUCGUCAAUUACGCAUUGUAGGAUCUGCCGUCCAUACGUUUCGGCUCAAGUUAAAGCAAUAUACGCCCCUUACGCCUACCUUCGAACUUAAGAUAAAUAGGUGAUUGUACGUGGACGAUAAAAACAUACAUAACCACACAAGACUCCCUACUGUUUGCUAAUUCUAGUCUUAAAUAUGAAAUAUAAAGUACGAGGAAUGAGGUUUUAAAGUUAAAAGUGCAGCCAAAUGGUGUACAAAAGGAUAUUACGGUUCGUCCACGUAUGAUCUAUGAGCGCAGGUUUCGAACAGUUGCGGUGUACGCCGUAAGCCCAUCGGCAAUCAUGUGUGGUUUGAUACUAUUUUUUAUUGGAUCAUCAUUUAUUACACGAGGCUCCGGGUUGGACGAUGCGAAAUUUGCGAGUUGGUCUUUGUAAUAAAUGGAAUGAAUGUGGAUUGUGGAUAGGAUGUGCGCAAAACGAUUGUAUUGCUAUUUAACAGCAAGACGGUUCUUAAGGUGAAGCUGGUGUUGGAAGUGUCAUUUAAUGAAAGAAAUCAAGGCACCAGUUUCGACCCUUGUAAGGGCUGAUACCGGGAACCGUAUCGGUUAAAUAGUUUUGUUGAAGUUGAAACCAAUUGAACGUUCCGUUAGUCGCGCACACCGCGGCCAGGCGCUUGCGAUACCAACAAGAAAAUGUCUCCAGUAAGCUUUAAAUUAUUAAUAAAAGAAAAUUUGAAAGUUU